CUCUCUCUCUCUGUGCCAAAUAAAUAAAUAAAUAAAUAAAUAAAUAAAUAAAUAAAUAAUUGAAUGAUGGUUAACAAAAGGAAAUAUUAAGGAAUUAAUAGAAAGGAGUUAAAGUCAAGGAAAAUGUCUAAAGAAAGAAUAGAAGUAACAAACGAUUUUAAAUUUAAAUUCAAGGGAUAAUAUCUCUUUAGGAACUCAAAUUAGAAGCCACAACCCAAGCAGAGUCUGUUACAGAAGCUGGUAGACAGAACUCAAGGAAGGAGGCCAGCUCAACAGCUCUCAGAAACAAGGGUUAACUGACGUACCUGGGCUGCUUUGGUAGUUGAUUUCUGCAGAGAUAAAGGGAUAUGUUCAUACCAGGCAGUUUAGGGUGCUUCUUGAUGACUUCAUUUCAGAGAAGCCUUAGAGCUUGUGGUUGAGCUCAUAGUUGAAUUGUUGGAUGUCUGCUUAAGGUUUACAAUGAUUUGUCUUCCACAUCAAAAGUAGAAUACCACAUUUAUUUCAGAAACACUGGAUUUACCAGCUAAAACUGGCAAUGACUGGGGUAGAUCAUCCUUAUGAUGAUAUUAUGAAUAAUAUAGAUCAACAUUAACACUUUAUUAUUUACAAAAUUACUUUCACAUGCAUUGCUUCCUUUGAUUCUCAAAAUUCCUGGCUGAAUUCCUAUAAUACACUGUAAAAUAAGAUGCCUUGGACACCUGUGGAUCUCUCUCUGAGCUUGCCCCUUCUCAUGUCAGCCCUCCUAGCUUCUCUCUGCUGCCUCUCUCUGCACUCACUGAGUCACUGCCUGGUUUAGGUGUUCAGUGGAUCCCAUGAACUUGUUAGGAAGGGCUGUGGAUAUAGGGUCAUGUGAUGGCCAGCUUAAUUUUUCUCAGAGUCAUCUUUCAAGUCCUCCAAACCCAGGUGCCCAUAAUUCCUGUCUUUAUAUUCUCCUUUUUCACCCCAAAAUACCAGAGGGUAGUUGGAUUUAUGGAGUGUGAUCUGAGACAACCUGUAGAGAGCAAGAUGGAGUCUCUCAUGUCAAGCAGGACCCUGUGUCAAGCAGUGGCCUGUGUCAAGCCAUGACACAGUAGUUAAAGGUACGGCAGCUAGGAGAUAUUCCCUGGGACCAGUGUUGCUGACACCCCAGAACUAAUAAGGAGCAGAACCAGAAAAGGUCUCCUAGGGCCUGAGACACAUUCAAUCCCUUUAGAAAGAGGAGGAUUUGGCAACACAAUGUCAGACUCUUCAGACCUGAGCCCUUGAUGUCUGACCACUUACAAAGGCAACUGCCCCCGAAGAUUCUGCCCAUUGAUCUCCAAACAGAACCAAGAUCCUUCCCCAAUGGAUCAUAGGAAGCAGUGUGGCCAGAGCUGACCAGGACAUGACCGAGGCCUUAUCUCAACUGUGCACCCACAGACUGACUUCGAAUUUGACUUCCUGGCUCUCUGCUCUUAGACCUACAUAUUGAUUUCCUCAACCAGUGACACCUGAGUGUUGGAUCUGAACAGGGUGGCUCUGGUGACUGAGAUGGCAUCCUCUCUAAAGGUCCUAGGCCCUCUCUUGAUCCUGCUGUUUCCCCUAGGUGGGCUGCUUGUACACAGCCAGAACCUUUCUUGGAGGGAAUUCAUGAAACAGCACUACCUGAGCACGAGCUGGAAAUUCAGUGACUACAAAUGCAAUGAUCUCAUGAGGGAAAGAGAAGCUCCACAAGACCGGAACUAUCACAUCUUCAUCUAUACCUUUUGGCACAAAAUCGAGCAUAUUUGCCUCAGGAAGUGGAGAGACCAUUACAGAAAUGUAUACAUAUGGGCCCAGCAUCCCUUCAAAAUACUCCAGUGCUACCAGGAAGGCAACCGAAAGAGCUAUAGAGAGCACGGCGGCUACAGCUACAUUGAAUUCCACUGUGGCAUGAACGGGUAUGUCGAUGGCAUAGAGGACAUCCAGUUGUUAGACAUCAAAAAAUAGAACAUCUACCCAUGUCUAGACGUUUGAGUAGAGUGUCCAAUACUUCCCAGGUGGGAGCCUGUGCCUCUGUCAACAGCCCUUGCUACUCCAUCCUUUGCAUUUGUGUGCCAGCAUUUUCCAACUACUUAGAGAUAUGCAUCAUCACAUGCUUUCUUCCUAUCAAAACCACUCACAGUUUCUC